GGAAGCACAGGAGAAUAGAAAGAGGACGAGGGAGGAAAAGCAGAAAGAUUCAGUAGUCAGGAAAGCCGUCCAGGAUCCCGACCAGUCCACGUCCCUCGCCCCUAGUCCCGAUGUGUUAAUAUGACGGAUCCCUCCAUCCACCAAGAACCAGAGGGCAGAGGCCAGGAAAAAAGCACGAUGCCUCUCUCCCUUUCCUUUUUGCCAAUAUCCAUUAUGAAUAUCUAUCUAGCCCCAGCGUUCUGGCAGUCUGGGAACGGUGCCAUCCGCCGUCGCACCCUAGUAUCCCGUUUGUCUGAUCCUCCUACUAGAUUACAAUAAGGUCGAGGUACAUAUAACAGUCAAAUUUAGUUUGUCAAUUUCUGUCCUAUUCAACUUUCGAUGGCAACUCUUUUGCUUGCUGAGGCGGCCUGUGGGGGAUCUACGCGUGGUGACCAGAUUGAGCGGGAGCAAAUUGUGUGUUGUAACUUGUUGGUGCAGCGAGGGAGGGAGUGGGCCGAGCCACCCGAUGUGAAGAAUGGUGAUGAUAUCGAGGAGGGGCCAUGGGAGGAUUCCCCAUGCUUCGACGGAGAACGGGGCCAAGGGGCAGAAACAGACGGACGCGGGAGUUUUGAAGGAGGGAAGAUCUCACGGGCCUGAUCUUCUUCAUGAGAUUCAGACCAAGCGCGACAAGGAUAAUGGGAAGUCCAGAGUCUUUACGAUGGUUGGUUGCGCACUCCCGCUGUGGUAAGCUAUGGUCAGGAAUGCCCAUGAGUGGCGCAUCAUGUUCUUGGGGCCCAGCGAGUCGCAUCUUUCGAAUGCCAAGUCUAUACAUCUGCUGGAAAGGGUCGCGCACCAGGACUAGCUGUGCUAAUGCGGAGAUCAUCGGCGCCCGCCUUUCAGGUUAUUCUCCAACGGAGCUCCCCAUCCUGGCUCCAUUCUCGCGAUAUUUACCUUGUCUGCUCCAGGCCACCGUGACGAUGUACGGGGUCCGAGUUCGGUCCAGCGUUCUGUCUGUCUGAGGCGACUCAGGAGAGUUCGACCAGCACUUCCGGCCUAAGUGGUUGUCGGGACAAGGGAUUGCUCCGCCGGGCUAUUUGGGACCACCAAGUAGCGCUGUGAGAUUCAGUACCCGAGUGUUACAUUCGGAGAGGAUUAUAUGCCUCGUGUGCCCGCUCAUCUUUUGGUAUUCGGAGCCCUGGCCAGUGCAGGGCUGAGAUCGUGGUUCUGUGAUAUGGUUGGAAAGGAGAUCACUUGGCGGGGCAUAUCGAGACAGUUCGGUCGUCAAUAUCCAUCCCGAGGUAAGCGCUGAGGGCGCUUCACAGUGAUGUAUCGUCAUGGGCACAGUGUAGUAGCAACGGAGGGGAAAUUGUGUGAUAAAAUGUAGGUAAUCCAUGGGCGGGGAGGACAUGUGCAAACUCAAGACUGGGUUGUACGACAAUUCAACCGACAAGAUUUAGAGCUCCAAGUUCUUCGUCACGGUAAUGGCAAGCAACGCAACGAUACACUGGGGAGAAACUGGAUAGAUUGUCACUUGAGCCACUGGCGCCCUUCAAACUGCCGAUGAACUUUGAAGUAUCCUGUACAAGGUGACAUAUAUGGGGCGCGAGAAAUAUAAACGGUUGGAGGCGCCCGCGGAUAUGGAAUCGCUUGCCAACCAGGGUUACCAGGCGCGGCAUCAUCGAUAAACCGCCCUAAAAAGAGAUGUACAUCCCCGCAGGUGAAAUUAGUUAUCGACCUUCAAGCAAGGGUUGAUUUGAAAGGCGACUCAAGCGAGGAAAUGUUGCACAGUGAUCAUUGAUUGACCGUCAGUAGUAGCGGCAGACCAUAAAUUGGAGAAUACGUUCCCCACGAAGCUGGAAUUGGCUUAGGCUCGGAUCUCUUGGCCUGGGCUUUUUAGCGAGAGUUUGAUUCUCAAUACCGAGACUUUGCCGAAUGGGACUGAGGUAGUACCAUUGACGAGCACUCCGUCAAAGAAUUAUCCGUUUCCCCGGUCGGUGCUCAAUAUCGCCCCCUGCUUACGAUUUGAUUCAGUAUGUCGUACUCUGUAGGAUCGGUACAGAAGCCUGGCAAUCGUGAGCGCUGCAGAAACGUUCCUCGGGAUUCUGACCCCUUGGGCCUAUGGUCCAAUAAGCGGAGGAGACGCCUCAAAGCAUGACCCCACAGCAGCUGGUUUGGUGGGCUAUUUAAGUCGCCAGAUUAAGAGGUAUCGCCACGUCUGUGUUGCCACAUAAUGAUAUACGUACGUCAAUGCCGGGACACAUUGAUAUCUAGUCCUGCGCAAAGAAAUAGUUGAAGUCGAGCUCACCAGAAUUCAUGACAAAGGCUCCCCUCACGUUUGUCGCUCUGGGUUGGCCACGGAGUAGGGAUACCUCGAACAACAUCUGACCACGACAAGACACGCUCGAGAAGGCUGACAGCCUAAGCGGGUGAACCUGGGCUUAACACUUAAUGCAGAAAUGUGUAUGGAAUUCAACAUUCGCCAGGCAGAUACUUCGUACGUAUAUCCGAUUUAUUCCCAUAACCGGCAGACGAGACGAAAGUGGCGGCAAAGUACGGAAUACCAAUGAUAUUGUAUGGUUGAGCAAACUUCAUGGGAUCCGCUGCGGUUUCGUGGGUUUAAUUUGGUGGAGGAAGACCAUAAAGUUUCUGUGCUGUCCGUGAUUAUUCCGGAUCGAAUGGAAGAUUCGCGCACCGGCAGAUCGUGGCUGAUCUCCGUGAGAGGCCCGUUACCCAUGGCUGGGAGCUCGUCAUUUAAUUGGCGCGUAGGAACAAUGGAAAGCCCAAACAUCUGCGCCGGAAAGCAAUCUGGAAGCGAGGGAAGACAACAUUGGCUUUCUGCAACUAGGGGCAUGCUGUAUUGCCAAUUAACUCGUAGCGCACUAGAAAACUCGGAAGAACCGCUUGAGGGCAAGUCGCGGAAUUUUAUGUUUGAGGCUUCCUCAAACAUGUAUGGAAAAGAAGCAAAUAAUGAAUGUCGAGUCACAUUGAUCAUGGGUAAGCUUGACUGACUCGUUAGUCCUCUCGGACGCGCUCUGAAGAUCAAGCACCCUUGCUCGGGCUUGCAGAUGAUAUGAUAUGGGUGUUGGAAGCAUGGCGUGGGACAGCGAAUGCAGGUAAGGUAAAUGCUUCCGAUUCGAGUUGAAGUUGAGGAACUGCUCUCAGGGCCAGAUCUCUGGCUGUUGCCUUCAUUCAGCUGUUCUCACGCGCAAGUUGCAGCAGGCCGUCUUUUGCGAGUUGAAUGGUCGUUGAUGGUGGUGGAGAUUGAUCCCCAAAAGCAACGGUCAACGCCGCGCGAUCAUGGCGCCAUGGCCCCUGCUCAUCCUUGAUCCAUGUUAGGUAAGCCAUCACUCGGCCAAUGUGGAUCAUCAAAGCCGCCAGGCAGGGCUUUAUUCUUGAGCAGAUGAUCCAGGAACGUUCCCACACUGCGCACGGGAGUAGAGAAAAAGCAAAAAAAAAAAACAUUUUUCAUUUCCACAUUACGUAUUAUUAAUCUUUACGUCGAGCUGGCUUGGAUCGGCUCACUACACUGGUUGGUCGGCUGUGGUCCACCUUUCUCGGAACCUCAGGCAACAAUAAACAGAGGCCGCUGCCUCAGGCCCUAACUGGAGUCACGUCGUUCUGUGGAUGGAUGCAUGCCCGAUUUCGCGCUUCUGCUGGCUCAUCAAUGAGAAAGGCACGAUCAGACGCAGUCAUAGGACCAGGGCCGCUCUUGCCUGAUUUGCUUACUUGUUACCGACAGGUCGCGGUGAUAGAGUUGAUCUCGCUUUUUCCCGGUUUCUGGGAAAUUCGCCCGCCGGUUGAUUCAACCCGACCACGAAUGAGCAUUUUCCCGCCGCAUCACCAAUGAUCGUUCCUUAAACCCUAGUCAAAUUGGACCAAGGGUCGAGAUGUCUGCCCACUCUGGUCAAGGCUUCCAGACCAGUGGCUUUCAGACUUCCGUCGAUAUCGCCCGCAAGCAGCCUUAUGUUGUAGCACCAUUGGCCGGUCAGAAGCGACCCCCAAGCCGGCAUGUUGAUAAUAAUUAUGGCCCUUUGCACGGUAAUGCAAAGUAUCAGGCCCCCUCCCAAAUAAUCGAUGAUGAUAACGCCAAAAAAUCCGAUCCAACCAAUGCCCAACGGCUGGGCUUCAUCCGUCCGCAGGUGGCACUUCCGAAAAGCCGCCUGAUUGCGAGUGAGAUCCGUUUUGCUGCGGGCAGCGUCCCAAAGGGAAGCGAUAAGCAGCCGCGAGCAGCUUCUUUGUUGCAAGAGGCUGCACAAGGGACCCUUCCAUCUUUGAGUGAUCCGGCAUUUGGCCUACCGGCUUCUCUUAUUGCCAACUUCGUCGCUGCUGGCGUCUGUAAUAUUUACCCAUGGCAGGCUUCGUGCUUAUCUGGCCAAGGUCUUCUCGAGGGGAAGCGGCAUUUGAUCUAUACCGCGCCUACCGGUGGCGGAAAGUCCCUGGUGGCUGAUGUUCUCAUGCUGAAGCGCAUCAUUGAGAAUCCCUCGUGCAAGGCAAUUCUUGUGCUUCCCUACGUGGCGUUGGUCCAAGAGAAACUCAAAUGGCUCCGACGCAUCGUUCAGGAUGUUGAAAAACGUCAAGAUCAAGAAAUGAAUCACAAUGACGACGACGGCUUCGGGAGCAAUCAUCGCUGGAGAAGAGUGCAGAGAACGAUCCGUGUUUCUGGCUUCUAUGGUGGAAGCAAAAUGACCGCGUCCUGGGCGGACACGGAUAUUGCUAUUUGCACUAUCGAGAAGGCGAAUUCCUUGAUCAACACUGCUAUUGAGGAGUGCACUAUUGGAGAGUUGGGAGCGGUUGUCUUGGAUGAGCUGCACAUGCUCGACGACGAGCACCGAGGCUACCUUUUGGAGUUGAUGGUCACCAAAUUAUUAUUACUACAUCAGGAUAUUCAGAUCAUUGGAAUGAGCGCUACCAUAUCGAACACGGAGCUGCUAGCAGAGUGGACAAAUGCUAGAUACUUUAUUUCGACCUAUCGGCCUGUCCCUGUAGACGAACAUCUCGUCUUUGAGAACGCAAUCUACCCGGCGGCAACGUCGAGGCAACUUUUUCAGACCAUUUCAAAACUGGCAUCCACUCCAGGGCUGUCCUUUAGUGAGGCUGUGCCACCCCAGCGUAUAAUCCAGACUUCCACAUUUAGAGAGCUUUCCAACCCCAUGACGAACGCGAUGGUAGCUCUCUCAAUUGACACGGUUACCGCAGGAUUCGGUGUCUUAGUGUUUUGUGGUAGCAGACAAGCUUGCCAAAUCCAAGCUGCAUUAAUAAGUGAGGCAAUGCCCGACCCGUCUACCUUGGACGUAGAUGACGUGAAUAAACGGCUCGAUCUCCUCGCGGAUCUCCGUAGUCUCCCUAGUGGUCUAGAUCCGGCUUUGGAAACGACGCUCAUCAAAGGAGUUGGCUUUCACCAUGCGGGAAUGACUACCGAAGAGCGCGAGGCAAUUGCACAAGCGUAUGAUCAGGGUGUGCUAAAGGUGCUUGUGGCCACCUGCAGUCUCGCUGCUGGUGUCAAUCUUCCCGCAAGGAGGGUUAUCAUCAAUGGUGCUCGUAUGGGACGAGAGCUCGUUGGCCCGGCAAUGCUACGACAGAUGUGCGGACGGGCAGGGCGCAAAGGCAAAGAUGAGGCGGGCGAGACGUAUCUUAUUUGCGGGAAGCCCGACCUUCAAGCUGUGUGCGAUCUAUUGGAGGCAGAUAUGCCAGCUAUUGAAAGCUGCUUAGCGCCGGAGAAGCGCGGACUCAAGAGAGCACUCCUGGAGGCCAUCGCUACUGGUCUCGUUUCAGGUCAAGAAGCUAUCAAAGAAUACGUCAAGUGCACACUGCUUUAUCGGACCGUUGAUAAAAAGCUAUCUUACAGUAUCAUGAGCUCUGCACUCGAAGAAUUGGCGGCGGAGAAACUCAUAGUCAAGACUGACGACGAAUCGUUUGUGGCCACUCAGCUUGGACAAGCUGUGGUCUCUUCUGCUUUUGCGCCAGAAGAUGGCCUUUUUGUCCAUGAAGAAUUGAAACGGGCGCUUCAGGCCUUUGUGAUGGACGGUGAGAUGCAUAUCUUUUAUAUGUUCACGCCUCUCCAGGUCGCGGCCACAACCCAGAUCGACUGGUCUAUCUUUCGUGAUCAAUUAGAUGAACUUGACGACAGUGGCUUGCGCGCUCUUCAAUUUGUCGGGGUUCAGCCGGGUUUCGUAAACACCAUGGUGCAAAGUGGCGCGGUGAUGAAAGAAAACACACCAGAACAGGUGACUCAGGCCAGGAUAUAUCGGCGCGCUUACACAGCCUUUCAGCUCCGCGAUCUGAGCAAUGAGGUCCCAUUGCCGGUGAUUGCCAACCGCUAUCGGAUUCCCCGGGGCGGAGUUCAGACAUUGGCCCAACAGUGCCACGGAUUCGCGGCAGGAAUAGUCAAGUUUUGCCAACGCAUGGGUUGGGGGAUGCUCGCGGCCGUUCUUGAUCAUAUGCGCGACCGAUUGGAAGCGGGCGCCCGUGCGGAUCUUCUCGAAAUGGCCCAGGUGACCUACGUCAAGGGCUGGACAGCCAGAUUAUUGCGCGAUAACGGAUUCCGCAACCUGAGAGCAUUAGCUGAGGCUAACCCGAAAGACAUCGUACCCGUGUUGAUGAUGGUAAACCCACGCAAGAGAAACCACCUUCCUCCCUCCGAAGUUGAACGAUAUACGAAAAAAUUGCUCGCAAAAGCAGAGGUCAUUGUUGCCUCUGCUAACAAAAUCUGGGAACGAGACAUGCAGCUCGAUUUGGACGAGUAAUGUCAAAGCUUUGAAGAGCUUUUUGCUUGUAACAUGGUCGGAAUAUCGGUGAUUGGAAGAGCGUUGGGCAGAUGCAUUACCUCGAAUUUAUAUGUGAUGUGCGAUUCUACAUCAGAUUUGGCUGAAUUGCAGAAAAGACAUAUCGCGAAUAGAGCGGGAUUAGCCUAGAUAUGUUGAACACACUUCGAUAUCAAGACAGAAGCAGUGCAUACAUACAUUGGAAGUUGAUACCCUUUCCACAUGUCUUGG